UUGUUUAACUAUAUUUUAUGCCUUUUUCUCCCCCCACGAAGACUUGGUAACAGUUGAGUACCAUUGCCGUACCAUAAUCUGUCAGAAAAAACAAACAAAACAAAACAAUAUUCAAAUAAAAAACCCAACCCCUCCACGCCCAUAGGAUUCACCCAAUUUCUCAUUCUCCUUCCACUUCUUAUGGCCACCGAAACAGAUCCCACGAAGCACUCCAACGGAAGCCUUUGUGGCAGAGGACACUGGAGGCCCGCCGAGGACACCAAGCUUAAGGAACUCGUCGCCCUUCAUGGCCCUCACAACUGGAACCUCAUAGCCCACAAACUCCAAGGCAGAUCUGGGAAGAGUUGCAGAUUGAGAUGGCUAAACCAGCUGGACCCCAGGAUUAACCGAACGGCCUUCACGGAACAGGAAGAGGAGAGGUUAAUGCAGGCACAUGGAAUUUACGGCAACAAAUGGGCUAUGAUUUCUAGGCUUUUUCCUGGAAGAACUGACAACGGUGUGAAGAAUCACUGGCAUGUUAUAAUGGCUAGAAAGUGUAGACAACAACACAUCGCUUCUUACACGAGGAGGAACCGAUUCUCUCAACCGCCACCGCCGCCUCCGCCGCCACCGCCGCCUCCGCCGCCGCCGCCGCCCUCCUCCGGUGGUGGUUUGGAAGGGGGUGAACCGGCGUUCAUCGACUUUCUUGGAGUAGGAGGCAGAUGA